AGCGACAGUGCGACUGCGACAGUGCGAUUCGGGAGAGAGGAGAGUGCGAAACGGAGGAGAGAACCGUUCGCAGUCAAGAGAGUAACGGUCAAGGCACGGGUGGAUGGACGAAGAUCAUCGGGAAGGCCCGUGGACCCUGCGACAGCCAGCCGGCCGUUGCGAGAGGGCGGUCGAGAGGACGGUGGAGAGUGCCCGCAGAUCCUGCGCUAUCCAGCCUACGAGCGCGGGAGGCUGAGCGACCAUCGUCCACUACACAACGACGGUGGGACGGGGGGACCCUGCCCAGGCGAUCUCGCCUUUGCCAGGCUUCUGCCCGGGAGAUAGAACGGAUUCAGCCACCGGGAGAAGGCGAGCGCCCUGCGACUCGUUCGACGGUGCGGAUCCGACCGGCGCGCCGAGAGGCGCAGUUGCGAGCGAGCACGAGCGAGCGAAUAUCGGGAAGGACAAAGCGCGUUUACGCACUUAUUGUGAAACCUGAGACAGUGUGUAGGAGAGCGAUUGCGAGGGAGACACUGUGGGUCGUCCCAGAGAGAGUUUGUAUGCGGCGUGAGCCCAGCGAGUGAGGAAUCCUGCUUGGACUGAGUGGUGGUACGAGUUUCUGGAUCGAUUGCCGUUCGGGGCUCGUCGACAACCAUAAGUACUCAGUUUGUGCCUGCGUUGCGGACUUAAGCGAUUCAGUUGUGUGACGGGCACGUGUCCGGAUGCCGUCUGUACCACCGUGAAAGAUUGUCGCGUUGUGAGCUAUCCGCUGAUCCUGUUCGGUAAAGUUAAUUGACGGUCUCGAAUUAUUAUUGUCAUGGCGCCUCCUACGUUGAAAAAAUGGGUCGCGUUACAGAGCGUGCGUUUAGAGGAGAUGCGUCUAAUACGGGAAAGCUUUCGCGGUGGAGAUAGUGCUACUUUGAGCAAAGCGGUUAUCCGGUCGCAACUAGAACGCCUGAAUGAGAUAUGGGAGGACGUGUGUAAGACACACGCGGAAAUUUCGGCCAAAGAAGGGGCGGAAACGGAUCCGUAUAUGGUGGACGAUGUGUUCGCUACGUUGCAUGCCACUUACGAGGACGUGCGCGAUUUAUUGGUGACUUCGCGUGUGCCGUUCGAGGCUAGGGAGGAAUUGGUUUCUAGUAUUCGCCGUGCGGACGUCGAGCCAUCCGAGCCGGAGGCGGAUGCGUCCGUGGCGCGUCUACCGCGAAUGCCGUUACCCACGUUUUCGGGGAAAUACGAGGAUUGGGAGAGCUUUUGCGACCUCUUUACCGCUCUGGUACACGAGGUGCCCAAGUUCGCGGACGUGACUAAGUUGCAAUUUCUGAAAUCGUGCCUGAAGGGUCCGGCUGCCGAGUUAAUCAAAGAUGUCAAAACCACUAACGCGAACUAUGUCAGUACAUGGUCAACGCUGAAGGCGAGAUAUCACCCACGUCUCAUUCUUGCGAAAUAUCUUACGUCUUUGUUACAACUCCAACACUUAAAGAAGGAGUCGGCUGUAGGCUUGCGUGCGUUUACCGACGAUGCGACGCGUAUUGUUCGCGCUCUCACGAAUAUGAAAUUACCGGUAGCGCACUGGGAUCAGUGGCUUGUCCACAUUCUCGCUGAGAGAUUGGAUCCGGAGUCUCGGAGACUCUGGGAGGCUGAGCUCAGCGCGAAAGACCGGAAGGCUGCGUUAAGCAUGGGAUCGGCAGAUUUUGAGCUGUUGAAAUACUUGCCUACCUUUGCAGACAUAAUCGAUUUCCUGGAAAGGCGUGCGCAGACGCUCAACAUGUUGAGCUCGGAAUCUCUAACGAAUAAUAAGGGGGAGAAAAGAACGGCUCACGAUAGUAAGCCCGUUAAUAAAACCCGGAAGGUCUUUCACGCUAGCACUUCCUCCUCGACAUCGGAUAAGGCGAAAUGUAUUGCUUGUUCGGGGGCUCAUCCCCUGAUAAAAUGCGUUAGUUUUAAAGCGAAGUCUGCGAGUGACCGACGUGACUGUGUGCAACGUUCGGGCGCUUGCUAUAACUGCUUAGGAAAGCAUAGAGUGCGCGAUUGCCAAUCGAAUAAGCGUUGUGGCGUCCCCGGUUGUCAGAGGAAGCACCACACCCUUUUGCAUCCGAAAGCGGCUACCGUGCAGGCCGCUGAGAGUCGCGCUCCCCCGACUGAGAAGUCUGAGGGGGCCGACGCCGAAACAAAGCCACCUUCUUUUUAUAAUUUUUUAUCGUUGCGAACAGAAUUUUGUUAGCAUUUGCGUUCAAUUAAAAGAGAUUUGAUUUAAUCAGCUACUAGCGCUUUUAUAUUAGAAUCAAAACUUGAUUUGGAUUUUUAGGACAAUUAAACACAGCUAUAUGAAAUCAAACGUAUUAUGUCUAAGGUGCGGUAUAAAAAUCAUAAACACAAAUAGUGAGAUGUACAAUAGUUUUAUGAAGGACUCACCUUGGUCACAAGGAAAAAUUUC